AAGAAUGACAAGUAAAAACGACAUGGGAAACCCAGGUACAUUCAAGUAUAUAUAGUGGUAGGGCAUGGAACACAUGGUAUGUAUUGGUGGUUCGAACAAUUCUGUAGUACUUGUGGCAACACAUCUCGCAUGUCGUCCCCGACGACGUUGUCGGUGUCCACAUGACAUGGAAACAAGAUCACAUGCCUUUAACUGAGUUUGAAGAAGAUUCAUAUAUACGAGGAUCAUUUUGGUAUAUUAACCUGCAGAAUGAUUGUAUUAUGGCCCGAGACUGAUGCCAUAUAUACAGUGGCUUCUAGGUUCAAUUGCCUGCAGACAUCGAAGCCUAUUUGGGCCCUUCAAACUUCAAACAAGGCCCAUUUGGGGCUUCAAACUUCUAUAAAACACACACACACGAGCGAGGGGAGAAAAAGAGACAGAGAUGGAAGAGUUGAAACCAAGGCCGGCAAAUUUAUCACCUCUUACUCCACUAGGCUUCUUGGAAAGAGCAGCCACUGUCUAUGGCGAUUGCCCUUCCAUUGCCUACGACGACACCACCUACACGUGGUCUCAGACCCACCGUCGAUGCCUCCAAGUAGCCUCAUCAAUCUCAUCGCUCGGCAUCAAGCGGGGCCACGUGGUGUCCGUUCUGUCCCCCAACGUUCCCGCCAUGUACGAGCUCCACUUCGCCGUUCCCAUGGCCGGCGCCAUCCUCAACACCAUCAACGUCCGUCUUGACGCGCGCAUGGUUUCCAUCCUCCUCCUCCAUAGCGAGUCAAAGCUCGUCUUCGUUGACUGCCUCUCCCGCUCUCUCGUCAACGAAGCCUUGGCUUUUUUCCCACCACACGUCCAACCACCACUGCUCAUCCUCAUCACCGACAAUGAAGUCCCACCGACACCGUCAUCAUCAGCCGUUCAUUUCUACGACACCUACGAAGGGGUGGUGGAGAAAGGAGAUCCCGAGUUCAAGUGGGUCCGUCCGGACAGCGAGUGGGAACCCAUGGUAUUGAACUACACAUCCGGUACAACCUCCUCUCCCAAAGGUGUUGUGCACUGCCACAGGGGAUUAUUCAUUGCAGCUCUUAAUGCCUUGCUGGACUGGUCCGUAUCAAACCAGCCCGUUUUCCUGUGGACCCUACCCAUGUUUCACUCCAAUGGCUGGAGCUUCCCUUGGGGCAUGGCAGCCGUUGGUGGGACCAACGUCUGCCUCCGUAGAUUCGACGCGCCCAUAAUCUACCGUCUGAUCGAAAGACACGGUGUGAGUCGCAUGUGCGCCGCACCUGUGGUGCUCAACAUACUAUCAAACUCUCCUACCAACCAACCCCUGAGAAACCCGGUUCAUAUUCUCACCGCUGGGGCUCCCCCAGCGGCGAGCAUACUGCUUAGAGCCGAGUCACUGGGUUUCGUCGUGAGCCACGGGUACGGGAUGACCGAAACGUCCUGUGUCGUGCUGUCGUGCGCGUGGAAACCACAGUGGAACAGGUUUCCCGCGUCGGAGAGAGCCAGGCUUAAGGCAAGACAAGGAGUGCGGACAAUUGGGAUGACUGAGGUGGACGUGGUGGACACGGAGUCAGGGGCAAGUGUGAAACGAGACGGCUCGACGCUCGGCGAAAUUGUGCUAAGAGGGGCGUGUUUGAUGCUUGGGUAUUUCAAAGAUCCGGAGGGGACCGCCAAGUGCCUGAGAGAAACGGGUUGGUUCUACACAGGUGACGUGGGAGUGAUGCACCCAGAUGGGUAUUUAGAGAUCAAAGAUCGAUCAAAGGACGUGAUCAUAAGCGGCGGAGAGAACCUGAGCAGCGUGGAGGUGGAGUCGAUGCUGUAUACGCAUCCGGCAGUGAACGAGGUGGCCGUGGUGGCUCGGCCGGAUGAGUUCUGGGGGGAGACGCCUUGUGCGUUUGUGAGCUUGAGGGAAGAGGGGUCGACUCCGAAUCCAACUGAGAAAGAGAUUAUGGAGUUUUGCAGAGCUAAAUUACCGCACUACAUGGUGCCCAAGACGGUGGUGUUCAAGGAUGAUCUGCCCAAGACGUCCACCGGAAAGAUUCAAAAGUUUGUGCUCAAGGAGAUUGCCAGGGCCAUGGGCUCAUCAAGGACGAGUCGAAUGUAGUCUAAUCUGUUCUUCUUAGAAUCGACUCGCACGAGUGGACUUGUUUUCUCAUCAUCAUCAUGAUCAAAUGUUGUCUUAUUUUCUUCCCUUAAUAAAAUUAUAGUUCAAGCGACUAA